CUAGGUUCCAGUUUAGGUCGCUGCUAUCUUGGGCCUAGGUCGCCGAUCUGCCGUCCCCCAUUUCGUCUGGUUCCAGGAGAUUGUUCUUGUCUGCAUCGGCUUUUCUUGUCCGGAUUGCAGCUAUCCUCCAUGGUUGUGCGAGGAUACUCUUUACCCGCUGGAAUCUGCGAGGGGUAGGGCCGUGACCGUCGCAUCGUUUAGAUAGUCACGCUCCAUAGGCACCGCUUGCUACCGUAGUGGGAGAGAAGGACAACAAAGAAAAGGGAAGCUGCGGGUCAGCCGCGGCGAAUAGUCCCGCUUUAAGCAGCCGCGUUUAAUCCGUCAUGGCGAAUCCCGGGGGAGGCGCCGAGGCCUUCGCGCGAUUCAAGCAGUAUGAGUACCGCGCCAACUCCUCUCUGGUGCUCAACCUCGAGUCGCGUCCGCGCGACUCGCACGAGCCCACCGGCGAGCCGGAGACGCUCUGGGGCCGUGUCGACAUGAAGAAAUUCGGCGACCGAGCGGGGCAUGGCCGGCCCAAGGAGGUGGAGGAAGCUGCGAAGAAGAAGCGCGAGAAGCGCGAGAAGGACCGAUUAAAAUCGCUCGCGGCGGGAGGAACCUCCGCCGCCGGUGGCGGUGGCGACGUCAGCUUGGAUCUGCUCGGGAAGAAAUCGACCAAGCGGCAGAAACGCGGCGGCAACGGCGGCGGGGGCGGCGGCGGCGGCGGCGCAGCUGGCGGGGCGGGGUUUCACGAAGAUUCGGUUCUCUCGCUGGUGGACGACGGGAUGUAUCGUCCGCGCACGCGCGAGACGCGCGCGGCGUACGAGCUUCUGCUGAGUUUAAUCCAGCAGCAGUUUGGGGAUCAGCCGCAGGACGUGCUGCGCGGCGCGGCGGACGAGGUUCUGGCGGUUCUUAAAGACGACAAGCUGACGGAUCCGGAGCGCAAGCGCGAGAUCGAGAAGCUGCUGAACGCGAUGCCGAACGAGCGGUUCGCGGAGUUCGUCGCGCUGGGGAAGCGCAUCUCGGACUACGAGCAGGGCGGCGGGGGGGGCGGCGGAGGGGGAGGCGGCGGAGAGGGGGAAGGCGGAGCGGGGGAGGCGCUGGAUGACGAUAUCGGCGUGGCGGUGGAGUUUGAGGAAGAGGAGGAUGAGGACGACGAGGACUUAGACGAGAUUCAGGAGGAGGAGGAGGACGAGGAGGACGGCGCGGGGGAGGGCGGGGACGGCGCGGAUGGCGGAGACGCGGACGGCGGAAUGCAGAUGGCGGACGCGCUUGACGACGACGAAGAGCGCGAGGACGAGGGGCUAAGCGUCCAAGACAUCGACGCGUACUGGCUGCAGCGGAAAAUCGCGCAGGCGUACGCCACAUCAGCAGGCGGCGGGAUUGAUCCGCAGCAGAGCCAGAAGCUCGCGGCGGAGGCGCUGGGGAUUCUGGAGGCGGCGGGGGGCGCGGAAGGGGAGGGGGGAGGCGGAGGCGGAGGGGGAGGGGGAGCGUCUGGGUGGGGCGCAGGCGCGGGCGCGGACGAGCAGCAGCGGGAGGCGGAGAACAAGCUCGUGCGCCUCCUGGAUUACGACAAAUUCGAUUUGAUUAAGCUUUUACUGCGCAACCGGCUCAAGAUUGUAUGGUGUACGCGGCUGGCGCGCGCGGAGGACGACGCGGAGCGGAAGCGGAUCGAGGGGGAGAUGACGGAGAAGGGGGACCGCGCGCUGGGCGCGAUCCUGGCGCAGCUGCACGCCACGCGCGCGUCCGCCAAGGAGAGGCAGCGGAACCUGGAGCGCAGCAUCCGCGAGGAGGCGCGGAAGCUCCGCGAGGGGGGCGCGGGGGGCGCGGGGGAGGGGAUGGAGGGCGACGAGAUGGAGAUUGGGCGGAAGGGGGAGAAGGGGGGGAAGGGCGGGGAGGAGGGGGAAGGGGGAGGGGGCGGAGGCGGAAGAGGUGGGGGGGGCGGAGGGGGAGGGUGGUUGAAGGGGCAUCGGCAGCUGCUAGAUUUGGACUCCCUUGGUUUCUCUCAGGGCGCUUGGCUUAUGGCCAACAAACGAUGCGAGCUGCCCGAAGGCUCGUACCGGGCACCCAAAAAAGGCUACGAGGAGGUGCACGUGCCGGCGCUGAAGCCCAAGCCGCUGGGCAAGGGCGAGGAGCUGGUGAAAAUUUCGGACCUGCCGGAGUGGGCGCAGCCGGCGUUCGGGGAGACAAAAACCCUCAAUCGCAUCCAGAGCAGGGUUUAUGAGACGGCACUAUUUACCCCGGAAAACAUGCUGCUGUGUGCGCCGACAGGCGCGGGAAAAACGAACGUCGCUAUGCUGACGAUUCUGCAUGAGAUCGGGCUGCAUAGGAGGGAGGAUGGGAGUAUCGACCUGUCGGGCUUUAAGAUUGUGUAUGUGGCGCCGAUGAAGGCGCUGGUGGCGGAGCUGGUGGGGAAUCUGGGGAACCGGCUGAAGGAGUAUGGCGUCAGUGUGAGGGAGCUCACUGGCGAUGCUUCGCUGACCCGCCAGCAGAUCGAGGACACGCAGAUCAUUGUGACCACCCCAGAGAAGUGGGACAUCAUCACUCGCAAGUCCGGGGAUCGCACGUACACGCAGCUGGUGAAGCUGGUGAUCAUCGACGAGAUCCACUUGCUGCACGACAACCGAGGGCCCGUGCUCGAGAGCAUUGUGGCCAGGACUGUCAGACAGGUCGAGAGCACGCAGGAGAUGAUUCGCCUGGUCGGUCUCAGUGCCACCCUCCCCAACUACGAAGAUGUGGCCAUUUUCCUGCGAGUCGACCUGGACAAGGGCCUCUUUCACUUCGACAACUCCUUCCGCCCGUGCCCGCUCGCCCAGCAAUACAUCGGCAUCACCGUGCGCAAGCCCCUGCAGCGCUUCCAGCUUAUGAACGAGAUCUGCUAUGAGAAGGUGGUGGAGUGCGCUGGGCGGCACCAGGUGCUCGUGUUUGUCCACUCGCGGAAAGAGACGGGGAAGACCGCCCGGGCGGUGCGGGAUGCGGCGCUGGCUGCGGAUACUCUGGGGCGGUUUUUGAAGGAGGAUGGCGCGAGUAGGGAGAUUCUGGCGAGUGAGGCUGAGAGUGUGAAGAGUGGGGAGCUGAGGGACCUGCUGCCGUAUGGGUUCGCCAUUCAUCAUGCUGGCUUGGCGAGAGCGGAUAGGACGCUGGUGGAAGACCUGUUUGCGGAUGGGCACAUCCAGGUGCUUGUGUCGACUGCGACGCUGGCAUGGGGUGUCAACCUGCCGGCUCACACGGUCAUUAUCAAAGGCACGCAGGUGUACAACCCAGAGAAGGGCGCAUGGACGGAGCUCUCUCCCCUGGACGUGAUGCAGAUGCUUGGGCGUGCGGGGCGGCCGCAGUACGACACGUACGGCGAGGGCGUGAUUAUAACGGGUCACGGCGAGCUGCAGUUCUACCUGUCGCUGCUGAACCAGCAGCUCCCCAUAGAGUCACAGCUCCUUUCCCGUUUGGCUGACAGCCUGAAUGCUGAAGCCGUGCUGGGGACAGUGCACAACGCCAGGGAGGCGUGCAGGUGGCUGGGCUACACGUACCUAUACAUCCGCAUGCUGCGCAAUCCUCCCCUAUACGGCAUUUCAGCAGAGGAGGCAGAGCGUGACCCUGUCUUAGAAGACAGGAGGGCGGACCUGAUCCACUCGGCAGCCGUGCAGCUCGAUCGCAACAACCUCAUGAAAUACGACCGCAAGUCAGGGGUCUUCCAGGUGACCGACCUGGGGCGCAUAGCUUCCUUCUACUACAUUUCGCACGGCACCAUCGCCACCUACAACGAGCACUUAAAGCCCACCAUGGGCGACAUCGACCUCUGCCGCCUCUUUUCUCUCUCGGAGGAGUUCAAGUACGUGGGUGUGAGGGAGGAGGAGAAGCUGGAGCUCGCCAAGCUGCUGGAGCGAGUGCCCAUUCCCGUCAAGGAGGGGAUUGAGGAGCCCUCAGCCAAGAUCAACGUGCUGCUGCAGGCGUACAUCAGCCAGUUGCAGCUCGAUGGGCUCUCGCUCGUCUCUGACAUGGUCUAUGUCACUCAGUCGGCUGGUCGUCUCAUGCGCGCCCUGUUCGAAAUCGUCUUGAGGCGAGGGUGGGCGCGCCUGGCAGAGAGGGCACUGAAUCUCUGCAAGAUGGUGUCCCGCCGCAUGUGGGCGGCGCAGUCCCCCCUGCGGCAGUUCAAGGGUGUUCCUCUUGAAAUCAUUGCCAAGCUGGAGAGAAAGGACCUGCCGUGGGAGCGAUACUACGACCUUUCCUCUCAGGAGCUGGGCGAGUUGGUUCGCAUGCCCAAGCUUGGCAAGACUCUGCACAAGCUGGUUCACCAGUUCCCUCGCCUGGAGCUCUCUGCCCAGGUCCUGCCGAUCACCCGCUCCGUGCUCCGAGUGGACCUCACCAUAACGCCUGACUUCCAGUGGGAGGAGAAACUUCACGGGUUCGUGGAGCCUUUCUGGGUGAUAGUGGAGGACCACGAUGGGGACACCAUCCUUCACCACGAGCUCUUCCUCCUCAAGAUGCAAUACGCCCAGGAGGACCACUACCUCUCGUUCACGGUUCCCAUCUUCGAGCCGCUUCCGCCGCAGUAUUUCGUGAAGGUCGUUUCCGACCGUUGGAUCGGCGCGCAGACGGUUCUGCCCGUGUCGUUCCGCCACCUGAUUCUUCCCGAGAAAUUCCCGCCGCCGACGGAGCUGCUGGACCUGCAGCCGCUGCCGGUUACCGCGUUACGGAACGCGGCGUUCGAGGCGCUGUACGCAGGCGAAGCAGCGGCAGGGCUGGUUUCCACCGACCCUUCCGGUUCGGGCUCGGGGGCGGUUCGGCGGGGCAUUUCGCACUUUAACCCCAUUCAGACCCAGGUGUUUACAGUUCUGUACAACACUGACGACAACGUCCUUCUCGCCGCGCCCACGGGCAGCGGGAAAACAAUCUGCGCGGAGUUCGCGAUCCUCCGCAUGCUGCAGGCGAAAGCGUCAGGCGGCGGUAACUCGGGCAGCCUGGACGAAAUCUCCUACGGGGGGCGGUGUGUGUAUGUGGCGCCUGUGGAUGCAAUUGUCAAGGAGAGGGCGAAGGAGUGGGGGGAGCGGUUUGGGAAGGUGCUGGGGGGAGGAGGGAAGGUGAAGGUGGGGGAGCUGACUGGGGAGAGUGGAACGGACCUGAAGCUUCUCGAGCGGAGCAACAUCGUCGUGAGCACACCGGAGCGGUGGGACCAGCUGAGCCGACGGUGGAAGCAGCGGCGCGCUGUGCAGCAGGUGGACCUCUUUAUCGUGGACGAGCUGCAUCUCAUCGGCGGCCACAACGGAUCGGUCCUCGAGGUCAUCACCUCGCGCAUGCGCUACAUCAGCUCGCAGUCCGCUGCUGCAGCAGCGGCAGGCGGCGGGCUGGGGGCGUCCGGAGGGGCUAACAGCCAGCAGGCGUCAGGGGGGCACAAGAUCAGGAUCGUUGCUCUGGCGGCAUCGCUGGCGAAUGCUCGCGACCUGGGCGAGUGGCUGGGGGCCAGCUCCCACGGGCUCUUCAACUUCUCCCCGGCUGUUCGGCCUGUCCCUCUGGAAAUUCACAUUCAGGGGUUUGAUGUCUCCAACUUCGAAGCCCGGAUGCAGGCCAUGACCAAGCCCGCCUACACGGCCAUAAUGAGCCACACCUCUCGCACCAGCAAGCCAGCUCUGGUCUUCGUGCCCACCCGCAAGCACGCGCGCCUCACCGCUCUGGACCUCUGCGCCUUCGCAGCCGGGGAAGCCGGGGCCACUCUGGCGGCCGCUGGUAACACCGCUGGCGGCGAUUCCGCGGCAGCGCUGGCUGCUGCGUCGCCGUUUCUGCACUGCGGGGAGGGGGACUUGGCGCCGUUCCUGGCAAGGGUGAAGGACGAGGGGCUCAGGCACGGGCUGUCGUUUGGUGUGGCGUAUUUGCACGAGGGGCUGAGCGCUGUCGAGCAGGAGGUGGUGAAGCAGCUGUUCACUGCAGGCGCCAUCCAGGUCUGCGUGGCAGUCAGCUCCCUGUGCUGGUCGAUAUUCCCCGCCAACCUCGUCGUCAUCAUGGGCACGCAGUACUACGACGCCAGGGGAGGGGGAGGCGGGUCUGGGGGAGGCGCUUCUGCCGUGUCGGGCGGCAGCGGUGGCGGCAGGGUGGACUACCCAGUGACCGAUCUCCUGCAGAUGAUGGGGCGGGCGUCCCGGCCUGGUCUGGACGACGCGGGUCGCUGUGUCAUCUUCUGCCACUCGGCUCGCAAGGAGUAUUACAAGAAGUUUCUUCUUGAACCGCUGCCUGUGGAGUCCCAUCUGGACCAGCACCUGCACGACCCGCUGAACGCCGAGGUGGUGGUUCGCACCGUGGAGAACAAGCAGGAUGCAGUCGACUACCUCACCUGGUCUUUCCUCUACCGCCGCCUCACCCAGAACCCCAACUACUACAACUUAACCGGCGUUUCCCACCGGCACUUAAGCGACCACUUGUCCGAGCUCGUUGAAACAACCCUCUCCGAUCUCGAAGCUUCUAAGUGUGUGGCUAUAGAGGAUGAUAUGGAUCUUUCCCCGCUGAAUCUGGGCAUGAUCGCGGCUUACUACUACAUCUCCUACACCACCAUUGAGGCGUUUUCGGGGUCUCUGGGGCCGAAGACACGCCUGAAGGGGCUGAUUGAGGUGGUGGCGUCGGCGAGCGAGUACGGCGAGCUGCCCAUGCGGCCGGGAGAAGAGGAGCAGAUGAGGAAGAUGCUGCACCACCAGCGUUUCGGAGUCGAAAAGCCGAACCUCUCGGACCCGCAUCUCAAGGCGAACGUUCUGCUACAGGCGCACUUCUCCCGCCACGUCGUGACUGGCCCACUGGCGCAGGACCAACGUGCCGUGCUGAUGGAAGCUUCCAGGCUGCUGCAGGCCAUGGUGGACGUGCUGUCCAGCUCUGGGUGGCUUUCUCCGGCGCUGGCGGCGAUGGAGCUCAGCCAGAUGGUCUCGCAGGGUUUGUGGGAGAAGGACUCCCCCCUCCUGCAACUCCCCCACUUCACCAAGGAUCUAGCAGCCAAGUUCACCAGCAAGGGGAUCGAAUCCGUAUCAGAUCUCGUGGAUAUGGACGACGACGAGCGGGCGGCGGCGCUCGGCAUGUCUGAGGAGCAGCUGUCUGAUGUGGCGCGCGUGUGCAACCGCUUCCCGUCCAUUGAUCUCAACUACGAGCUGAUCAACGGCCAGGAUGUGGCCGCUGGAGAGAAUGUGGUCAUGCAGGUAACUCUUGAGAGAGACAUCGAGCCGGGCCAAGAGCUAGGUCCGGUGGAUGCGCCGCGCUUCCCCAAGCCUAAGGAUGAGGGUUGGUGGCUGGUGGUUGGGGACUCCAAGACCAAUCAGCUGCUGGCAAUCAAGCGCACAGCGCUGCAGCGGAAGUCCAAGGUCAAGCUGGAGUUUGCAGCGCCGGGAGGGGAGGGGGAGAAGGGUGGGGGCGAGGGGAAGAAGGAUCUGAUGCUGUAUUUCAUGUGUGACUCGUACCUGGGGUGCGAUCAGGAGUACGAGUUUACUCUCAAUGUGGAGGGGAGGGCAAUGGAGGAGGAUGAGUAGAGGGGAGGGGGAUCUGGGAGGGCGGUUGGGAGGUGGGGAAGAAGGAUCUGAUGCUGUAUUUCAUGUGGCUCGUACCUGGGGUGCGACCAGUACGAGUUUACACUCAAUGUGGAAGGGAGGAGGAUGAGUUAGAGAGGGAAAUGGGAGGGUGGAUGGGAGGGGAAUGGAAAAGGGACGGGUGUGGUUAGGGUGGCAAGCAGGGCCGACGUUUCAAAAAAAGGCACUCUGAGCCAACCCCCCCGAAAGGAAAAAUAGUAUGAAGGGCCUUCAGCCAAAAUAUCGGUACUCUGAAACGUCUGAGUCCAGAACUGAGCUUGUCUGAUUUUCUCAGGGUCCAGCGAGUACAACCAGAGUUAAAAAAAUAGAGGCGGAAAUUUGCGGAUCAUUUGAGGGUACUGACGACGAUGCCUUGGUAUGAAAAUGUUUUUUUUACCCUAGACGGGGAGUGACGAAACUGUCAAACAUAUGUGUGUAUGUUUAGUAGACUAUGUAGGGUCAUGCCAUAGAGAGUACAACCCAUUAGC